CGUUUGGGUACCCGAAUUGCGACUCCCUUGCCCCCUCGGUCUUGUCAUUCCUGACCACAGUUUCCAGUGAAUCGUGGAGGGGGGGGGGAGGGGGUGAUUUUUGUGGAGCGAUGACCCUGGUGCCAUGACUUGGACUUGGAUGAGCCCAACGAAUGCAUUGAUUGUGGAUUAGUGGCAGAAGAACUGGGUUGAUAUUGCUGCUUUCCUUGCUCGAUGUCUUGCUAGGAAGAGUUUUGGUCGCUGGUGCGUGGUGAGGAGCUCUGUAGGACGUUUCAACUUCGGUUUUGAAUGUGCGCUGGAGCGCGGGUUAAGAGACGCUUGAAGAGCAAACCCUGUCUUGGGGUGAGAGGAGAGAUGGUUAGAUCGACGCCAGGGUUUGAUUGGAGGUGCAGGGAACGAGAGUAGGGAGGCGGGUGGAGUGACCGGGGAAGAACAAGCCCGUUGGAGCGGAGAUGGUGCGAGUGUGGGAGAUAGAUCAUGUGGAUGCAGAGUGCACUACGAUGCAGGGCAGGAUAUGGGCAUGGACAAAAGUAGGUGCCACUGAGUUGUAGAGGUGCUGGCUGAGUGAGGAGGUUAGAAAAUACUGGUGUUUGGAGAGGGAAGACUGUAUGCAGCUUGGUGAGUUGGCGUCCCAACUUGAUGGUUGACAAACGGAGAAACGGAGGAUUCUUCUUGUUUUCACAGGGAAGGAGGGUGCGUCGCUUCAAAAGAAUAACUCGGGAAGGUCACUGUUGGUCGAUGUUUGGUUGGGUAGUUUGGAAACCCCAGUGUACGUGUGAAGAAGAAAACAUUCCAGAUUGGCCGCGCCUUGUGCAGCAUGUAGAAAGCGGGUCCAAUGUCUGUGCGGGGGCGCUUUGUUGCGUAGGAUUAACGUGGUUGGAGAGGGCAGAUGUAUAGUCCUGGUAGGGGUGAUGCCCGUGCAACUGCGCUGCCCAAUGCUCGCGACUCAUCGACUUCCAUGCCUAUCGAUCACGCAUCAGCGUGGCACAGAGAGCCUUACAACCGGGACGCGAGGUUAGAUAGAGGUGACAGGGAGAGGAUUAUCGGAGGGAAGAGGGAGUGGAAUUCGGACAGAGCUUCGUUUGGAGCGCCUUAUCCCAGAGCCUUCGGUGGGCUGCACCCUGUGAACGGGAGCCUUGGACCUCCGAACAAGCGUCGGCUGAACGGGCGACACACCGGGUUUCACAACGAGGGCGGGCGGUAUGUGUCACCAGGACAUCGAGGGGAGCCGCCGUUCGGGUCCGUGGGCCCUGUGGAGAACGGGUUAGGACGGAAGUUUGACAGAGAGUCGUUCUAUCCAGGAUCAGGAUGUCCUGUCGGGGGUUCGGGGUUCGGCAACGGUGUGGGCGUGGACCAGCGUGCGAAGGAAUUGGAGGAGAGGCACAAGAAGGAACCUUUUCUGCUGUUGAGAGACGGCAGGGACGGCGGGAGCUGUGGCGGAAUCGAGCAUGGCGUGCGUUCGUUUCCUUCUCAAGCGGUGUGUGAGGCAGAGAAGAGUUGUUGGGAGAGGGAGAGAUCGAAAGGAGCGGUGGGUAAUGGUUGGGAGUCGUCGCAGAAAUUGCAGCGAGAUCUUCGUGAGAGGGUGGGCGGAAAGGCGGAGGGUUACAGCAGAAGGGAGGGGAAGUUGUCCCAGCACGACGGAGGAAGGGAGUGGUCGCAGGCGGACAAGGAGUUGGAGGGGCGUAGAGUGGACGGGUACGGGAGUAGCAGUCGGGACGGUUUGACGGGUGACGGCGUGGGUGGAAUCAAGGAGGCAGUGGGUGGGUGUGAGUGGAGGCGGAAGGAGAGGUCGAGUUCCGUGAGUGCAUCCCGAAGCGGUAGUUAUGUUGCAAGUAGCGGGACCGCGAAGGGGCCCGUGGGGAGACCCCAGGCGCUGGACGUGUCCGGGAGCGCGUCGUCGCCACAGGUUUCACCCCAUUCGACAGCUUCGCCAGGGGUGCAGGAAGCGAGUCGCGAUGAUGGGAGCCAACCGUCUCCGCCGAAACGGCCUCGGCUGGGGUGGGGUCAAGGACUUGCAAAGUACGAGAAGAAGAAGGUUGUGGAGACGGAUGAGGUUGGGGUGUCCGCAUCGGGAGGCAGCGUGUCGGGAAGGGAAAGAUCGAGUGUAAGUGGCGCAACGACGGAAGUGGUGCAGACGCAGGAGUCGCAGGCAGCAGAGGAAAGCCCCGUGUCUGUUGUGUCGAAUCUGAGCACAUUGCCUCCGCUGACGCCGUCAGCAUCACCUUCGCAGCAGGCAGCGGAAGUUGUGUCGAAGGCGAUGGUGGAGUGUGACGGAGUGGAGCAAGAGGUAGUAGGCAAGGUAUGCGAGAGAGUGGCAGCAGAAGCGGAGGCGGGCGGUUGGAUUUCGAAGCCUGAGGGUGUGGUGGCGGAUGAUGUUGAGAAAAGAGGUAACAUGCGUGCGGUGACAGAAUGCGGGUUGGAAGAGAGCGUGAGACAAGGUGAAUGCUGUGAGGCGUUGGGUUUGAAGGAGUCGAUGGAGUGCCAAGCGUCACCGAAAGUGCGUGGGUCAGUUGAGCACUGCGGCGGUGUGGAGGUGGGUGGUGAGGUCGGUGUGAGUGACGCUGGUUCGAGAUGGGCGAAGGAGGAUAUACUGCUGAGAGUGGAGAAAGUUGAGUAUGAGAUCGAGGAGGUCGAAAGGGAACUAGCGAAGGCGGAGAAGGUUGGGAGUGACAGGAGGGCAGCGGGUGAAUGGGUUGCGGGAGUGGUUGGUGAUGAGGGGAGUGCUGGCGUGGACGGUGUUGUGAAAGUGGAGGAUGGAAUUGAUGACGGUGAAGCUAUGGACGUGGAUGCAGCAGAGGUCCAUCCGGGAAGGGUUGACAGUCGAGAAAGUGGCGAGGCGAUGCAGGUUGCGUGUUCUGGUCGGAAUUGGUCAGGAGGAGAGGAAUGCGGAAAUGGGAGAUGGGGAAGCGACGGAGCUGGAGCAGCCGGGAAUGUUGGGGAGCGAGUCGGGGGCGGCGUGAGUGAGGGUGGACACGGAGGAUCGGUGGACGAUGGAGGAGUUCUGGAGGAAGGUGAGUUGGGUGAAGAGAAGCAAGAAGAGUGGACGUCGAAGCAGAUGAGUGUGGGAUUGGAGAGUGAGGGGAAUCCGGCAUACAGCCCUAGGGCAGAAACAGAGCCGGCACAGAGAGAGGAGAUGGAUGUGACAGCGGGUGUGUCAAAAUGUGGGGUUGCAGAGAAGGAGGAGGCAGAGAGAAAGGUGAUAUCGUGGGAUGUGGAGGUGGUUGCGAGAAGUUUGAUGGAGGAGAAUAAGAAGCGAGCCGAGCAGGCAAGGGAGACGUUUGUGCACCUUCUCAGGGAGGGUGUUGGCGUGGAAGGAACGUUGUACAGGUGUCCUGCGGAAGCAGGCGUAUGGAAGGAGAACGUGGAGAGGCACUAUCGGAACCAGGAGAGGAUGUUGGAGAAGAUGGGAGAGAGACGGCAGUCGUUGAGGUUUGCGGAGCAGGUAUUAGCGAUGAGGUUUCGAGCACUGAAAGAGGCGUGGAAGCAGGAGCAGGUGGGGAUGAGGCAACAGCAGAGAGGAACAAAGCCCGUGCGCAGAUGGGAGGUGGAGAAACGGAACGGGACUGCACUUCAUUGCCAUCGGUCAUCUCUGCGGUUGAGGCCCGUACAAGCAGGUAUGGAGAAAGUGGAAGCUGUGUCGGAGGAAUGCAUGAAGAAGGUGAUGGCGAAGGCAGUGGUGGGGCCGGUGAGGGGCGUGUUGAAAAUGCCGAGCAUGAUUGUGGGGCAGGAGAACAGACUGGCGCGGAGGUUUGAGAGCAAGAACGCGCUGGUGGAGGAUCCUGUUGGGAUGGAGAGGGAGCGAAAGAGCAUGAAUCCAUGGUCUUGGGAAGAGAAGAGGGUAUUUCUGGAGAAGUUCGCGGUGUACAACAAGAACUUCAGCAAGAUCGCGUCGCAUUUGGAGUUGAAAACGACGGCGGACUGUGUGGAGUUCUACUAUCGGAACCAGAAGUCGGAGGAUUUCGAGAGGAUAAGGCGGAGGCAGCAGCUGAAGAAGAGACGGGAUUAUUCUCGAGUGGGUGGAUCGUUUCUUUCGACGGGGCUGCAGACGAGCAGCCAGCGAAGAGAGGCAAAUGGGCAUGGGCGGACCGAAGGUGCGAACGUGCAGACAGUGGGAGCGGUGGUGGGAGUUUCUCACAUCAGCGUAGGUACGAAGGCCGCGAGGAGCAGCAUGCAGCAGAAGCCGGUGGAGCGUCAGCGGGUGAGCUCAGCGUUGGAACCCGGGAGCCUACCUGGAGCUGUUGAGAUAGGGAAGGGUGUGAGCGGAAAGGAAAACAAGUGGUGUGGGACAGGUGGAGUUUCAGGCAGUGCAGCGGGGCGUGGUGGGAUUUUUGGGAUGGUAUUAUCGGGGGCGACGGUGUCUUGUGGUUUGAGCUCCGCCGUGGCAGGUGCUGUAAAGAUCGGUCGGGAAAGAAGCUCGGUGAAGACGAUGGUUGACGCAGGAUUAGUAGUCGCUCGGUGCGGUCAGUACGAGCCGAACUGUUUUGGGGCAAAAGGGACCCGGAGUAUACAUCCUCCACUGGGUUUGGAGAAUUUUGCCAAAGAGGAGGGUGAUGCGCAGUGGACAGACAGAGAAAGAGAGCUGUUUACGGAGGGCGUUAGGCUAUUUGGGAAGGACUUCGAGAGGAUUGCUGUGCAUGUUGGAUCGACAAAGAGUGUGGGUCAGUGCAAGGCAUUUUUCUGCAAGACCCGUAAGCGUUUGGGGCUGGACAAGCUGGUGGAGAAGUAUGAGGAUUCAUUGAAGGUAAGGUAUGGAGGUGUUAUGGCAGAGAGUCUCGAAUGUGCAGAUGUAGGGCGUGGAGAAGCUGCGGGCAUGGUGGCGGAAGAUUUGCGGACGUCAAGCUUGUUUGAGUGUUCGUGUCCCGGUAUGGAAGUGGAAAGUCACGGAGACAAGGGAGAUGAGAAUGAGAAGUCAGUGGAAGCUGUGGUUCCUGUUGAUGUACAGGAGAUGGAAGCGGUGGAAGUUGAGGCAGUUGAGGGUGUGAGAGUAGAGGGGGUAGUAGUUGAGGUACAAUCGGUGGAGUCUGAAGUCGUGCAGGAUGUUGCAAUUGCUGAUGAUGCCUUGGUGAAUGGAGAUGUGGAGCCUAGAGGUAUUGAGGGUUUUGUAGCAGAGGACGAUGCUUCCCAAGAGUUGAUGUCUAAAGAUGAAGCAAUUGAAAAAUCAGUGGAAGAUACAGGAUUCGAAAUUGCCGUGGUGGUUGCAAGUGCGGCAGAUGCUGAUGUUGAUAAAGCAUCGUCGAAUGCGUCGGUUGAGGUUACAGCCUUUAACGAAGCAUUGAGGGAUGAAACAGUGGAGGAUGCUGCUGUUGAGCAAGUGGUGGUGAGUGAAUGCUUGGAUGCAGCAGCCGGGAUACUUGAGAACGAGAAUUUAGCAGUGGAGGGUUCGAUUGUUCUGGAACAAGUAGGGACAGAUGGUCAUCCUGACGAGGGUAGAGGCGUCGGAGGUGUAGCCGUUGAGACCUCAAACGGUGUUUGUGAAGAAGGCAAUGGUGAUGCUGUUGGGGCUACAUCUGUAGUGGUCAUUUCGAAGGAUGUGUUAUUAGGGUCGUUUGUUUGUUUGAAAGAAGACACAGCCAUUGUGGAUAGCGCCUGUCCGGCAGAUCGUGAACCAGUUGCAAGUACUCCUGCCGUGGAUGCUAGUGGCGCAGAAGAUCCUGUAUGUGUGAGGACGGAUGCAGUGAAUGUACCUAAUGAUGCUUCUGUGGAAGCUGUGAAAGUGGAUGCAGCUGAGGACGUUUUUACAGGCAAUAAAUCAACAGACUUGGCUGCAGGAUGUACUAUUCGGGAGGGGGACCCUGCUGAUGUGGUUAAGGUUGCUGAAAGUGGUUUGGAGUCUUCGAAGUGUGUGGCUGCCGUUGGUGUUGAUAAGGCUGUUUUUCCAGUAACCAAAAUGAGUACCCAAGUAGCAGAUGAGCCGGAAGCGAAGGCAAGUCCAAAGGUCGACGUUAAGUCUGAGCCUGGGUCACCUCAAGUGGCAACAUCUGUUAGCACAGAUUCGGCAUCUUUUACAUCUGCGGCAGCUGCUGUGAGCCAUUCUGGUGAGCCUGUGUUUUCAACAACUUCGUCGAUGCAAGGUCGGGAGAAGGUGGGAAGGGUUGGAGGCGGUGAAACCAAGUCGAGAAGGGAGCCGACUUCUUGGACUCAAGAGGAGAAAGAGAAGUUCGCGGACAUUAUACGGAACCAUGGGAAGGAUUGGACUAGGCUGCACGAAUGUUUGCCCUCGAAGUCUUUAACGCAGAUCAAAACAUACUUUCAGAACUCGAAGGCAAAACUGGGUCUUCUGAAUGCAGAGGGUGUGAAUGUUCCGGGAGGCAGGGUAGCCGGAAGUCGGAAGAGGAAAGUUGAUGAAGCAGAAAACGGCAGCAACAACGUGUCUUGUUUGAGCUCAGGGAAUGAGUUGAAGGGAGGCGGUGUUUCUGCUAGCGACAUGGAUGGCGUUUGUCAGAAUGUGAAAGCAGCGGUGGGCGGGGUUCCAAGCAUGAACCCAAGCAUGGGGAUGGGUAGUGGUCCAUCGGGGUUGGAGAGCAUGCUGUACCCGUUUCUCGGUCAGCGAGUGGAAGAUCAAAUAGCGUUGCAGAAUUUUGUGCGGAUGUAUAGUGCGAACGGGUUAGCACAGAAUAUUGCGGGUGGGGUAAACCCGUUUGUGCAGCAAUAUGGGUUUCCAAUGUUUCCGAACGCAGGGCAUCAAAGGGCAAGUCAGCUGAGUUUGCAGCAACAGCUUGCAGCAUCUCUGGCUCAGAAGUCGGGUCAAGCGAAGGGGCUGCAGCAGCAGGAGUUGCAAGGUUUUGGAAGCGUUCAACAAAGCGGUCAAGCAAGUGUUCAGCAGAAAGUUGCACAUCAAUUGCAGAGCGCACAGAUGGUGCGAAAUCAGCAGCUUCUGGCAAGUGUGAUGCAGCAUCAAGCGGCAGCACAUCAUCAGCAAAAUCAGACGAGCAAGAGCGUUCCUCACCCUCUUCAGCCGCAGGUUGUGGUACCUCAACCUGGGGUUGCUGGUCAGCGGCAACAGCACCCGCAAGCUCAACAAGGUGGGAGUCAGCAGGAGCAAGGUAGUCCUGGUCACCCGAUAGGUAAUCCAAGUUUGGGGGUGGGCAAUCCUACUCAAGCUUCGACCCAAACGAAGCAGUUGCAGCAGCCUCAAGUUUCAUUGCACCAACAGCAGCAGACUCUCCAACAAUUGCAACACCAACAGCAUCAAUUCCUGCUUCAGCAACAUGAUCAUGAUCAUGUCCGAGCUCAAUCACAUCCUCAAUCUCACUUUCACAUUCAGCAGCCUCAAAAUUCUCAUGCUUCCAUAGUUCAGCCGCUUAUUGUCCAAAAGCCUAAAGGAGUCGUGCCCCUUCAGCCACAGGUGACAAAACCUCCGUUGGGAACUGUUGCACAUCAGAGAUGUAUGCCUUAUCGACACGAUCAGCAGCAGCUUGGACCAGCUCUUUCAUUGCUAAGUGGGAAUGGAGAUAGUGGCCUCUCAAAUAUCCGGGGAGAAAUUUCGAACCAGCAUGGAGAAAUAGGAGAUCACCGGAGUUGUAUCAGCAAUGGAGGUGCAUCUAAAGGAUGUGAUUUUUCAAGAGCUGAUUUUCAUCAACUCAGUGCCUCCGUGCAGAGGGUGAAACCUUCACAUGCAGCAAUCCCUCACAGACCAAGUCCGACUCCAGCAGCAGUGUCCGCGCAAGGUCGACCUGGUGAUGUUAAAUUAUUUGGGCAGUCUCUUUUGUCUCAGCCGACUUCGUGUGCGGUAUCCCAGAGUGCUGCACGUGAGUUAGUUUCUGCCGCUGACAGAGGUUCAUUGCAGCAGUCUCCUGCUAGUACGGCGGCUUCAUCUUCCUUGACGAGCAUGCCUGUUUCAGCUGCAUCAGCAACGAAAUCGCAUGGGAAAGAGUCUGCUUUUAGGGGUGUUUCUUUUAUGCCUGAUGGACUGCAAGGUGGGCGGUCGUCACGGGGUAAUCAAGGAAGCUUGGAAUUAUGGAACAACAUGAGUGAUGUGCGUUCUCAGGCGGGUCCGGUGUCGAAGUCAAUUGAUGGAGACUCGGAUAUUCGUAGUAUGCAGGAAUGCCGCAUGUCUCGAGAAGCUCAAGAUGUAGAAUCAGAUCCGAGCACACUAAAAUUGACACACAAGCUGCAGCAUCUUGAUCAGGCUCGUGGUGUUCAGGAGCAUUCAGGAAGCGAGGGGUUUUCUCCAGUGGUUCAUGGUGUGGGGAAGGCCCGAGCCUGUGCGAAUGAGCAUGGUGUGGGUGUGGGGUUUGCUGUUUCGUGUGGAGAGGUAUCCAGGACCGACCCGGAGAGAAGAGGCGAGAGCAUUGGAAUCGAUUUAGGCUGUAGUGAGCGAAGCUCCAUUAUGGCUAGUAGAAGUAAUAGGGGUCAGGUGGAGUCGUUUGCAAUGCAGGCAGCCGGGUUAUUGGCCAAUGGGCCACAAGUGCAUCGGAACCUGAUCGAUUAUCUGAUGGCCAUUACGGAAUUGCACCAAACUCGCAGUUUAUCAUCUCACUCAAGCGUCGGUCAGCCACGGCUGGAGGACCAUCAAUGGGAAAGUCUAACACGGCAUCCUACUAAUGGUACGGCUGUCGAUGCUUUGAAAGUCAAUCCUACUUUGGGCCUAGGUAGCCCUAUUGCUGCUCCGCAAACCCACUUGAGUGGGAACGAUCUGUUCCAGCAGUGUGUGCGGGAUAGCAGCAUGUACUUUAGUCAACACUAUCCAAGCCUUGCUGGCCAUGGUGUUAGCUCCAGCGCAUGGAAUGGCGGAGCUGGGCUUGUUCAUCCAUCUGAAAUGCAGCGCGUGCUUGUAAAUCCUCCUCUUAGUUCCUUUCUUCCAGGUGUAUUUUCCAGGGCUCCAGUUACAGAGGAUCACUUGGGUUCCACCGAAACAAGGGAUCCUGAAAGAGGCGGAGGUGGGAUUUGUUAGUCGCCAACGUAGAGCUCUAGCACCCGAGAAAGUAGAGUUUAUACUUUUUACCCCUCCCCUUUUUAUUUGAACCUUGUUAAGCAGGACAGGGCACAUGCCCUUUGUAAUAUUAUCCGAUGAUUCCUUGAUCGCAUUAUGCCCUUUGUUGCAA